CCAAAACCCUUCUCUUUCCCACCAUAUCUUCCUACUAAGCUUUGAGCCUCUCAGCCAUUUUUUCUUCUCCUCAUUAUCAUUCUUCAGUAGUUUCAUCUCCCACCCUCUUCACAAAACCUCCAUUAAAAUUCCUUUCUUUUCACUCAGUUCAAUAUAUUUACACAUAUUUUUUUCUACAGAUAGAUCUAAUUUAAUCUUAGCUAGAUGUUACUUACAACCAAAACCAGUAGUACUAGUUCUGAAGAUGUCUCCAGUACUCAGUGAAGUUCUUCUUUCUGGGUAUAUGAUAAGCUCCAGCCUCCGCCGUAGGACCCACCUUGUUCAAUCUUUCUCAGUUGUCUUCCUUUACUGGUUCUACGUUUUCUCAUGAACUGUUAAAACCCUUCUAAUAUUAUUAUUUCCUUUAUAUUUUCCCAAAGAAAGACUGCUUUUUUAUUUUUAUUUUUAAUCAGUUAAAAUAAAUAUAUAUAUAUAUAAUAUUAUGGCGGGUUCAUCGAGCACCACAACCGGGGCUUCGUCGGGCUAUUCGGAUCAGGAAACGGGUCAGGAAGAACAAGUGAAAGUAGUGGAUCAGAGGAAGAGGAAGAGAAUGCUGUCCAAUCGGGAAUCGGCACGUAGGUCGAGGAUGCGUAAGCAGCAACACAUGGAUGAGUUAGUGUCACAGGUGGGUGAUCUAAAGAAGGAGAACAGUCAAAUCAUAACCAGUCUCAACAUGACCAACCAGCUCUACCUUAAUCUCGAGGCUGAGAACUCUGUUCUCAGAGCUCAAAUGGCUGAACUCACCCAUAGAUUACAGUCACUCAAUGAAAUAAUCGACUGUAUAAACUCAUCAACAAUAUCGACCACUGCUUCUACUGCCACAUACCCUUUUGAUGAUCAUGACCAUCUGAUGUUUGAUGAUCAAGAUUCCCAGAUGAUGAUGAUGAUGAUGAUCAACCCUUGGAACUCUAUUCCUCUCAAUCAACCAAUCAUGGCAGCCUCAGCUGAUCAGAUGUAUAUGUAUUGAUGUUGAUGAUGAUGAUGAUGAUAAUCGUUGUUGUUGUUGUCUUAGUUGGGGUCCACUAUCUUUAAUAAUUAUGUUUUUUAUUUUGGGCUUGUUUUGGGUCAAGUGUUAGAAAUUAGGGGGUUGAUUUUGUGUUCUUGUUGGGGCCAUGGUGUCACAUAUUAGACAAAUUGAAAUUGUUUGGCAAUGUAUUAUUGGGCUUGUAAAAUUUUGAAAUAUAUGUGGGAUUGUCUUAUAAGGAAUAAUAAAAUAAACUCCAUUAUUAA